AUGUCCCCAAAGACCCUCACCACCCGUCUCCGACAAAAAACAAACGCCUUCUUCGAAGACGACAGAACCAAAAACAUCCAGAAAUACCUCCCACCACUCAAUUUCAUCACAAUCCACUACGCCUACUUCAUCACCACAUGUCUCAUCUUCUCCCUCAUCUUCUGGGGAUCCUCCAACCCAACCCACUCAAUCAGCUACCUCGACUCCCUCUUCCUCGUCGUCUCGGCUAUGACUGAAGCAGGUCUCAACACCGUAAACUUAUCUCAAAUGACGACUUUCCAACAGGUUCUCCUCUGGAUUCUCAUUGUAAUUGGGAGCGCGAUUUUCGUUUCUAUUUCUACGGUGCUAACACGUAAACGCGUGUUUGAGAAACGCUUUGAUUAUGUGGUGAAAGCGCAGCGCGAAGCGAGGAGACUGAGGAGGAGGAGCAUGAGUCAAAUGCGCGAGGUACCUGUGAUUGAGCGUUUGAAUAGUCAGAGGAAGACCGAGGAACCGGUUGUGAAAAGUGAUUUUGAGAGUCGUCAUUCUGGGCCCAGGGACCCGACGAAUGGGCUUUUUGAGACGCCGGCUGGGAAUCAGUCGGGGCUGGGGGCGGUGAGGGAGAGUGAGGAGACGGAUGAGAUGGUAAAGGUUGGGGGGCAGGAUGUUGUGGAUGAGGGUGUGCAUGAUCGGAGGGGGAGCGUGACUACGGUUGUUGAUGAGGGGGUGAGGGAUCGGAGGGGCAGUAUUGUUACAACUACUGGCCCGACUUUGCGUCUUGCGCCUACAUCGCCGGCGUUGAGUAAUACUCGCGUUAUUAAUUUCGUGGGUGUAGGCGAGCAUCCAAAUGCCAGUUCGACUUCUUAUCGGCUUCCGCAUUCGAGGGGUGGGAUUACGCAGAGGGGACGGUCGAAUACGGCGACGACUGGGCAGCAGAGUCUACAUGACUUGCAUUAUCCGUCGUACCUUACGAAAACUGUUACGGGGAGAAACAGCCAGUUUCAUGGGUUAUCGAGAGAUGAGAGAGAACAUUUGGGUGGGGUUGAGUAUAGAGCUAUUACGCUACUGGCUUAUAUCGUGCCGAUUUAUUUUGUGAUGUGGCAGCUUUUGGGUUGUGUUGGGUUGGGCGCUUAUAUGGCUCAUAAUAAAGCGAGUGUUGCGGAGAUGAAUGGGAUUAAUCCUUGGUGGUUGGGAAUUUUCAAUGGUGCAUCUGCUUUUAAUAAUUCGGGGAUGUCGUUGUUGGAUGCUAAUAUGAUCCCCUUCAAAAACUCUGUAUACACACUCCUCACAAUGUCUCUUAUGAUUCUAGCAGGAAACACAGCCUAUCCACUCUUCCUCCGCCUGAUCAUCUGGAGCGGGCUCAAAAUCAUGAACCUAUUCUAUCCACUGGAAUCGCAACACCCUGAAACAAAAGCAACACUCCGCUUCAUUCUCCGCUAUCCUCGUCGUGUAUAUACAAACCUCUUCCCCUCAACGCCAACAUGGUGGCUGCUUUUCAUGGUGGUCUGUCUUAACGGUAUAGACUGGGUCGCCUUCGAAGUCCUUAACAUCGGCAAUGCAGCCGUCGAGGAUAUCCCAAAACAAUUUCGUGUUCUAGAUGGGUUAUUUCAGGCAUUCGCUGUCCGAUCUGGUGGAUUCUACGUCAUCGCCAUCCCCUCCCUCCGCAUCGGCCUCCAAUUCCUCUACGUAGUAAUGAUGUACAUCUCCGUCUACCCCGUCGUAAUAACCAUGCGCCACUCCAACGUCUACGAAGAACGCAGUCUCGGAAUCUACGCCGACGACCCACCCCUCGAAAAAGAAGGCACCUACUCCAAACUCAAACGCACCCUCACAAACUCCGUCAACCCAUCCCAUGGCGUCGGCGUCGGCGCUCAACAAUUCAUCAACCAACAAAUCCGCUCCCAACUAGCCCACGACAUCUGGCUCCUCAUCGUCUCCAUCCUCCUGAUCGUCAUCCUCGAGACGCCCAAUUUCGCUCGCGACCCCAUCACCUACUCCGUCUUCAACAUCAUGUUCGAAGUCGUCUCGGCCUACGGCUGCGUCGGCAUCUCCACGGGCCUGCCAGACCAAGCGUAUAGUUUUAGCGGUGGAUGGAGACGCGCGAGUAAGUUUAUUCUGAUCAUUGUGAUGUUGAGGGGACGGCAUAGGGGACUGCCGGUUGCGCUUGAUAGGGCUGUGCGCUUGCCCGGGGAGUUUGGGAGGGGCGAGGAGGAGGAUUGGGAGGUUAGGAGGGGGAGGAGGGAGGGUGAGUUGGGUGUUUAG